AUGAAAUACUUACUAACAGCUCUUGUUUUUUGGUUGGCAAUACAAAACGUUUCAAAUGAAGGUAUUUGUGAACCGGUAAAGGAUUCUGUGUUUUCAAUGGUUUAUUAUGGUUGCAAACAAGUUUUCUUAUGUGAGAAAAGUAAAAACACUUGUGGACACCUGUCGUACCUUAACCAUCAAUAUAUAACAAAUUAUGAAUUAAAAGUACCAGAAGAAAGUUGCGUUAGCUUAGAAAGAGGCUGCCUUGCUUUGGAAGACGGUGUUAUAGACAUUUUGAUGCUGUAUCCAAAAGGAUGGUUGAAAUUAAAGUUUCAAGAGGGAUUCGUAUUGACACAUGUGAAAGUUAAUGUCAGUGUGCCCGCAGUAUUUUGGACCGCUGAUAUAAGUUUUGACAAUGGUCAUAAAAUACAGAUAUCGCCAAAGAGUGCGUCGUCUAUCGCGUUACCAUCUGGAGUAAUUGACAGCAGUAUAUCUGUAAACAUUUCGUCUGCUCUUAAAAUCUUUUUAUACUCAUUAUCUAUCUAUCUAUCUAUCUAUCUAUCUAUCUAUCUAUCUAUCUAUCUAUCUAUCUAUCUAUCAGUUUGUUCAGAUCUAUUUAUCUAUCUAUCUCUGGUUAUUUUUCUUUCUUUCUUUCUUUCUUUCUUUCUUUCUUUCUUUCUUUCUUUCUCAACCUCUUCACAUAUGCCAAUAUCUCUAUCUAUCUAUCUAUCUAUCUAUCUAUCUAUCUAUCUAUCUAUCUAUCUAUCUAUCUAUCUAUCUAUCUAUCUAUCUAUCUAUCCCAGUCUCUUCAUUUCUAUCUAUUUAUCUAUGCAUCUAGCUAUCUAUCUCAACCUGAUCAAAUGCAAUAUCAAAGGAUCAUUAAUACCUACCAUUGGGAAUCCUAUAGAAGAGUGUUUGUCAAGGGAUAUGAAAAUGCAGCAAAUGUAUAAGAGUAAUCAAGCUGAGUUGAUUAUGUAUAACAAUGUGGAUAUCACUGACUCAGAUCACAAAAGCAAACCAAAAUCAGAACUUACUACGAAAGUGUCUAACACCGUUGACGCAACAAAUAAAGCGGGUAUGUUUUCGGAUAAACGCGCCGAAAUUAUGCAAAUUAGUGGGUCUGGCAUGGACGUAGACGUAAUAAGCCGAAAUACCGAGGCCUUUACCAAUUUACCUCGAGAAAAUACUCACUUACUUACAGUUGUGACCAAUUCAUCUUAUUCAAGCAGUUCCCUCGUCGUCAAUACAGUUUCAACUUCGGUCCCCAAAUGUUUUUGCCCUUGUCCGAAAACUUUAUCCGAAUCUUGGUUAAAGGAAUUGGAGAAAGAGUUAAAGCUGAAUAAAAAGAACACAUCCCGAUAUCUGGCUUCUAAGAUAAGCGCCAAGGAUGACCGGCUUUCUUCUCAGUUCAUAGGCGGCGUUAGUAUCGCCAUCAUGGUGACACUUGGUGGCUACAUCUGUAUUCCAGAUUUGUUGACUUUCGCCGACUUCUUAAGAACGAAACUGACUCUCUAA